CAGAAUGAAAGGCUAGAAUAGAAGUCCUUUUUAAUUUAUCGUGUGAAUUAGUAGGCUACUGUACGCACAAGUAUUACUUAAUUUUGGAAAAGUGGAAGGUUUUUGUUAUAAGUUUUCAAGUUUUAUACAAAAAUGGGCAAUACGCAGACUGGUGAAAAACCCUACAAAACCGGAAAGUCGCCCGCGAAGGGGAAACAUUUCAUAAGAAAUCUAAACAGAAAAAGUUCUGGGAAGGAAGGCAAGAAACAUGGGCGUAAAAAGAGCACCGGCAAGCGAGAGAUCGCCGAUAGAGAACUCGAUAAAACAUCAGAAUCUGAUAACAAUGAAGCUAUUGAGGCAUCGGGUAACGAUACGGUCGAGUGCGUGUUCAAAACAUCGGGCCGGUACGAGCGGGGCGCGGAACGAGGCGUGCAGUCAGAGGUAACGGUGACCAGGUGCGAGCCGCAGCGCCCGGAGCGCCGGUCACCGACCCGCGACCAGUUGCCCGCCGCCGCCGCCGCCGCCGCCUCGCCCGCCGACCCAUCCUCGUCCGACUCAGUGUUCACGGACCCCUUGACGCCGCUCGCCGUCGAGCUCAACCAGUGCUACUACUCCGCGGAGAGCGACAGCGCGCACGACGAACCGACGCGCGCGCACAACGAUGCGCUCGCGCACAGCGCGCCUCUGACGGCCGACGGCACCUGUCGUGCGCCAGUUGCCGAAAUGCCACACGAUGACACCUUUUCGCCGAUCUCCGGUGAUAAUUUGGAAAAAGAAGUAAAAAGUGACGUAUUUGAUGACACUAGUGGCAGAGAGGAAAAUAUUAUGGGAGCGAUAAUAUCGAGCGCAAGAGACGAUUCCUUAGAUCGUAAGGACCAUGAGUGCAACCACGACUUUCUGGAUAACCGGCUAAAGCCGAGUCCGGGGCAGACUUCCUUCACUAUUUCCAGACAUCGAAAAGUUGAACUGCCACCUGUUGCCGCUGAGAGCUCUCUCAAUAUUCUAGACAACGAGAACGACCGUCGUCACUCCAGUGUUAGCGACGUGCCCAUGUCUGACUCGAACGUACUCCGCAAAGUUGCGUCGCUCACUCUCGAUAAGCACACGGAGUCGCGAGUGGUGCGCCCAAAGUUUGUACCCGAGAAGUUGGAUUUUCAACUGUAUGAAAAAUUCGAAGGGCAGAUGCUUCUCAACUGGUUUCUUUCAUCAAUAUCGGAAGAUAGUCAUUUAAAACAUUCCCUAAGUUGUCAAGAUUUGAAAACACUUGGAGUUCAAUAUUGCACUCACCUCCUGGCAGCUGGCGUGCUACAGCAGAUUUCUGAUAAAGAUGCACCCACAGAGAACAUUUUUAAGCCUAACCUAAUGUAUUAUUGGUCUCACAUGGAGUUGCCAGCCUCCCAACCUGUUACCCCGGGAAAAAUUGAUAGAUCUACAUGGCCUCCUGAAAGAGAUACUUUACUAACAAAGCAAAACCAAGAUGUUGAUGUUAGUAAUAAAGAGUAUGAAUUCACUGAGGAAAUAAGUGAUCUAGUUAAAGCUAAAAUUGUAAUAUCAGACCUCAAAAGAAAACUAUUAGAAUUAGAAACUCAAUUAGAAAAUAUCAAGACCAGCGCUCAAUUUAGUUUAAAGAAUAAAAAUUUUCAAAAUUCUUUAAUAACUUCUCAAGAAAGUUUAUCAUAUAGUAACAAAAAUGAUUUAGUUAGCAAAGAGGUACAAACAUGCAAUGGUGAUGAAAUAAGUAGGCUGGCUACUACACCUGUGAUACAUACAUCUAAGGAUGAUUCCCAUGUAAGAACAAAUGUAAAUAUGGAUACAACAAUAGGAAUAAGUAGAUUAGAUUACCAACAUGAUUUACUUGGUAAAGACAUUGAAGGGAAACCUGAAUACAGAUCUGAAAAAAUAGAAAAUUAUUGUAAAUUAAACAAAAGUCGAGAUUAUAAUAAGUCAUAUUGGAAAGAUGAGAUAGAGGAUAACAUUCCCAAUGAUAAUAAAAUGAAAAGUGACAGAGGAACAGAAAUCUUAUGUAUGAAUCUUAAAAAUUAUGAUCAACAUAUGAAAUCAGAUGAAUCAAAUAUUGAAUGUGAAAGCUCAUCUGAGUCUUUUUUAAGCACAACAACCGAGCUAUUGAGUGACAAAAGUAACAAAUCUAUGGAUAUAUUUGGACAAGAUAAAGAUGUGAAAAAUAUUACAAACUCAAUCAUUUCUUCAACUUCUGCUCAAGUUCUUUUCAAGAAAAAUGAUAUGAAAACUAUGAAAACAAUUGCUGCUGCAAGUCAAUCUUCAUCAGAAUUACCAACUUCUCAAUUGGUUUCAGAAGUGGAUCCUUCUUUGAAAUUAUCAGAAGUAGAAUCAAGUUUAUCUAGAUUGAGUAGUAAUCAACUCUCAGAAAGCGAUGCAGGUCAGCUCCCACCGCCACUGCCUGGUAUGUCCCCAUCGCCACCUCCUAUGCCUGGAACAAAUAAAACUCCAAGUCCUAUAUCAACAAUCAAAAAAGAAAUAUCAAUACAAGAUUUUGAAUCAUCAACAUUGAAAAAUUCUACCACAUCUAAAAUGGAAUCCUCCCCAUCUACAAAUAAACAAUCACAAAUCAAUAAGGGAGAUAUUGUUGAAUCAAUACAAAAAUCUUCUGUGGGGCCAUCAGCAGAUAACAAACAUGCUCAACCUUCAACACCCUCACCUCUAUCACUAUCCAUGCCAGACAUGGACACUCCAACACCCUCAAUACCAGAAAUGGGCCGUCAACAAACCCCAAUGCUGAGUAUGGCACCCCCACCACCUCCAAUGCCGGGUAUGGCCCCUCCACCUCCUCCAAUGCCAGGUAUGGCCCCUUCACCUCCUCCAGUGCCAGGAACGGGUCCCCCACCACCCCCACCAAUGCCUGCUAUGGGCCCUCCACCUCCUCCAAUGCCAGGAAUGGCUCCUCCACCUCCCUCAAUGCCAGGAAUGGCUCCUCCACCUCCCCCAGUGCCAGGAAUGGGCCCUCCACCUCCUCCUAUGCCCGGAAUGGGCCCUCCACCUCCUCCAAUGCCAGGAAUGGGUCCUCCACCUCCUCCAAUGCCAGGAAUGGGUCCUCCACCUCCUCCAAUGCCAGGAAUGGGUCCACCACCACCUCCGAUGCCUGGAAUGGGUCCUCCACCUCCACCAAUGCCAGGAAUAGGUCCUCCCCCACCCCCGAUGUCUGGCAUAGGACCACCUCCACCGCCUAUGGCGGGACUAGGACCGCCUCCUCCUCCGAUACCUGGCGUCCCUGCCCCACCACCGAUAGCCGCUAGCCAUACUGGACCUGCACCUUUUCCAGCACCUCCCGUUGGAGGGUGGAAUAUGCAAAGAGCUACUCUGCGGAAACCUCCGAUAAAACCAACGGCGCCUAUGAGACCUCUGUAUUGGACUCGAAUUUUAGCAGCACCAUCACCACCAACCUGUCAGGGUGAGGCAGAAUCGUCAAGUUUUAAACCAUUGUGGUUAGAAAUUGAAGAAGCCAGGAUAGACAACAUCGAUGAAUUCACAGAUCUGUUCUCGCGACAAGUCGUCAAAGCCCCAGUUAAGAAAAAAGUCGAAGUGAAGACUAAAAUCCAGCCAAUAAAAAUUUUAGAUAGCAAAAGAUCUCAAAAUGUUGGUAUACUCGCCCAAAGUUUACAUGUGGAGUUUUCAGAAAUCGAAAAUGCAAUAUACAAUUUCGAUACAUCAGUUGUCAGUUUAGAAGCCUUGCAACAAAUUUAUGAAUUGAGAGCUACUCCUGAAGAAUUAAUGCUCAUAAAGGAACAUUUAGUUAACAAACCUGAUACUCCGUUGGAUAAGCCAGAAGCCUUUUUACAUGAUCUCUCUGGAAUACAUCAUUUUGCUGAGAGAAUAUCCUGCUUUACAUUCCAGGCGGAAUUCGAUGACGCUGUAAAUACAAUCAUGCACAAAUUGGAUAACUUGAAACAUACUUGCGAGUUCCUCAUGACCAAUGAAUCUCUGAAGCAUUUAUUUUCUAUUAUCUUGGCGAUCGGCAACUAUAUGAAUGGCGGCAAUGGACAAAGAGGACAAGCAGACGGUUUUGGACUGGAGAUACUUUCGAAACUAAAAGAUGUAAAGUCGAAGCAGUCGAACGUGACGCUGCUGCACUUCAUCGUGCGCGCGUACAUGCGCGCGUGCGGCGGCGCGCUGAGCGGCGCGUGCGCGCUGCCCGUGCCCGAGCCAGGCGACGUGCUGCGCGCCGCCGCGCUUGACUUCGCGGAUGUCGCCGCCAGCCUCGCCACGCUCAGGACUAAUCUUGAUGAGUGCCGAAAAAAAAUGGAGAAAGUACUUGAGACUGAUGCCUCACAAAAAGGAGAUGAGAAUGCAAGCGGCGAAUGCACGAAGAGACUCGAUGUAUUCAAAGAUAAGAUGACAACCUUCCUAAAUGCAGCUGAAGAAAAACUAAAGACUGAAAAUGAGAAUAUGUGUGAAUGUCGAAAUAAAUUCAUUGCAACUGUGAAGUUCUACCAGUAUUCCCCAAAGAAUGGCAAAAUUGAUGACUGCGAGCCAAAAGAAUUCUUUUCAUUGUGGACAUCAUUUUGUACCGAUUUUAAAGAUAUUUUUAAAAAGGAGGAACAGAUUGCUAUUAAAGAAAAACUUAAAGAAACCAAAAAGCUUCAAUGUGAACGGAAAGCGAAUACUCAACCCAAGAAAGAAGGUGGACUGAAAGCUCGUCUACAAAAGUUAUCCAGUGCUAGAAAAUGAAUUUUGUAAUGCAUUAACUAGAUUAAAAUAUUGUUUGAAGUGGUUGCAAAUUUAACUUAUGGAUGCUUUUAAAUAUACAUUAAAAAUAGAUUUUGUAAAUGAA